AUGACGACCACGCCUUUAACUUCUACUACCCAACCCAGCGGUGUGCUGAUUCGGGACGGCUUCUUGGCCUCUGUCUCGGCUCCGAAAUCCUCUGGUCUCCGAUACCCCCUCGUCUCCUCCCUCGCCUCAACAUCUCGUUCCCCGCGAUUCUCCCGCCGUGCCUUUCAUUCCACGUCGCCAUUAGACUCGGCGACUUCGCGAAUCUCAUAUCGAGUCGCUGCGUCCUCAUCCGGCAAAGGCCGCCGGUUCCAUCCGGCCAAAAACACCUACAAUUUCACCCCCGACCUCCACGAAGCCAUUGGGGUCGCAACAGACACAGAGAACAAGGCGCUCCGGCGAAAGAGGAGGCCUGACAGUGGUGAAGAUGCGUUCUUCGUGAGCAGAGUCGGAAGUAAGGACUCUGGCGCAGUAGCCUUUGCAGUCGCCGACGGUGUGGGUGGCUGGGCCGAGUCGCGCGUCGAUCCAGCAGACUUCUCGCAUGCGCUAUGUGGCUACAUGGCUCAAUCGGCCAUAUCCUGGGAGUCGCCCGUCGAAGAACUACGGGCGAAGAACCUUCUCCAGACUGGAUACGAUCAAGUCGUAGCAGAUGAGACAAUCCGAGCCGGAGGCAGUACCGCGUCAGUCGGCGUGGCAUAUCCAGACGGACGAAUCGAGCUGGCCAACUUGGGCGACUCGGGCUCGGUCCUCCUUCGCCUUGCGGCGGUCCACCAUUACACCGUCCCGCAAACCCACGGCUUCAAUACUCCGUACCAACUCAGCAUCAUUCCGCCGCGCAUGCGCGCUCAAGCGUCCAUAUUCGGCGGUGCCUUCCUCGAGGACUUCCCGCGCGAUGCGGCCGUCACCAACCUCCACAUGCAACACGGCGAUGUCCUCAUUCUAGCCACUGACGGUGUUUUCGACAACCUCAACAACCAAGAUAUGCUCAAGCUCGUCACGAGUCGCAUGGUUCUCACGGGCGCCUGGACUGCCGACCCCGACGCUGGCAUCCGUCCUUCGGAGGAUCUCAAACAAUUAACCAGCCCAGAGGGCUUGUCCUCUUUGCUUCCUACGCCACCAUCCUCACCCUCCUCCGACCCCGAAUCCCCGAAAUCAUCCUCCCCCAGCACGCGCCAGCAGACAUACACACUCCAAUCCCUCAUUGCCGCCACGAUCGCCGGCGAGGCCAAAUUGGCCAGCAUGGACAUGCGUCGUGACGGACCUUUCGCCAAGGAAGCCCAACGCUACUAUCCAGGCGACUGGUACCGCGGCGGGAAAGUCGACGAUAUCAGUGUGAUCGCCGUAGUUGCCGUGGACGAGGGAUACUCAGGGUGA